AUGUCGCUGGGUUCGCAGCGGCAGAUUCCGCAGGCAAGUGCUUCACAUGCUCUGCUGGGAGAAAAACAGAACCAGCUGCAGCGCGGCGAGGCCGGUGUACUGGGCACGCCACCCCGAAAACGUGCUGUACCGCUAGAUGGCGUACACGCCCGCAAUGUGCCAGAAUCAACUAGUAGUAAGCGUAUGCGCACGCAGCGCUCUGCACUUGACCCUGGGAUGCGGCGUGCAACUGGUGGGGCUAUGACAGCGCGGCCCACAACGACGCGCAUCGAUAAGACGACGCGUGUUAGUCAGGAGGAGCAGUACCACCGUGCCCAGCAGAAGGCACAAGCACAGCGCGAAUGGAAGGCAGCCUUCGGGCGCGCUUUUCCGAAAUUUGUAUUCUAUCUGGAUGAGAUGGAUGAGGGGCUUAAAAAGACGCUUUCUAGUCAGAUCGGACAGUUAGGCGCGCGUGUGGACGAGUUCUUUUCGCGUGGUGUGACGCAUGUUGUGUCGACGCGCUCAAUUCCACCAUGUCAAGACGAGAAGGAGCGGGUGGUGAAGGAGCCGCAACGUAGUCAGCCCGAUCCGAUCACGCCACCUCGGAUCCUCCGCCCGACGGCACCGCCGAGUGCUCCUGUACACUCGGACCGCAAUCCCUUGGAUGAGCUGGCGCAGCCGCUGCCAGUAAGCGACCUGCUAUAUAAGGCCCAGCGCUUUGGCAUGAAGAUCUGGCGUCUAGAAAAACUGCAAAACAUUCUCCAGCUACUCCUCGCCGAUGAUGGUCAAGUGGCCGUGGGCCCGGAACGGCAAGGGCUUUCAGAGAUGCUGCUUCAGGAAAAGCUGCAUGGCACUACAGAGCGUGAUCCUCACGCGUUGCGCAGCGAUGUACACUAUUUCAGCAAGCACAGUUACUACUUGCUAGUGACAGAUGCCACAGGGGAGCAUCGACCCGUGAUGAUUGCUGAGUAUGAUCGCAGUGCGCCGUCAGAGACCCACGGCAAGCCAGCACCCUGGCCUGUGCUGCAUGGCGACGUGGAAGGCCGCGGCUUGUUUGUGUGGGUGGAUCCCAAGGAGCGUCGACGGCUCUCCCAGCAAGCCCCAAUCGCUGCGUCGACGCACCGCUCGCUGCGACGCGCGGCCUCGCUCAAUCUGGCAGGUGCACUGCGCGGCCCUGUCGCGGCCCCGGUGGGCCCACCCACACCCACACUGAUGGCCUCGGACAACAGCCUCGUUCUCGCCUCUACCGUGGCAUCUACGACGUCGACGCAAGUAACGUCACAGCAUGCGGGGGCGCUCGGCCCCCACCCCGACAAGCGCCUGCUUGAUCUACACUGGCGCCUACAUACCCCUGUCGAUGCAGCUACGCGCCCGGCUGAGGCCAUGCCCGGCUCGGUGGUGCAGCACAUGCUGCACCUGGCCGAGGGUGGCGCUGAAGUGCCUCUGCGGCGUUCGCGGAGCACCGGCAGUGUGGCGCGCGGGGCGCCUGCAGUGGCGCGUGUACGCGAGAAGCGGCCAGGGCACUGCGAGAACUGCCGUUGUCGUUACGAUGACUUUGACGAGCACACUCGCAGCCGGCGUCACCGCAAGUUUGCUCUAGAUGAAAGCAACUUUGUGGCGAUCGAUGAGCUGCUCCAGCGUGUGCAGCGCGAGCCACUGUAUGCACCGUCCCACUGGGACGACUAUACAGAGACGCCAGCCGCUGACAGCGCUCCCGACAGUGCAGCUUCAUACCCCACACAGUCAUAG